GCAACAUAGUGAAGCAGUUCAAGACAGAUUUUCGUGUGCAGUUAACCGACUCAGCAAUCAAGCCCACAUACCGAAUAUUGCGAUGCGAUACUCAAUAAGUGAUAGCCAGUGAUAGGAAAUUGAGACAAACGCCAGAAAAAAAGUGUUAACUGAGCAACCGUGAUUGUGAGCUGUGAAAGAACCAAAUGCAAAAGUAAACUUAGCUGAAAUACAUAGCAUGUGGCUGGCUUACCCUCGGGCCGGCUCAUUAGUGAAUGUGUGUGUGUGUGUGUUUGUGUUUUAAGACAUGUGUGACUAGAAGUUGGAGCAAUUAGGAGCAGCACUAAAAGCGCGUUCAAAUGCGACAAACAUUUUCGCGGAAAUGUGGCACAGCGGAAAACCUAACGAGCAGGAGCAAGUCAAAGUAAACGACACCACAACUUUGCUAGCAACAUAAGACCAAUCACUUGGCAACAUGUUGCUAAGCAAUCGCACCAGCAACAUUUCAAAAUUAUUGCUGAGCUAUGACAACAUUCUCACAUUAACUUCGGCCGCGUUUAGUCGUGUUCGUAUGUCUGUCGGUUACGCAUCUGUAUCUGUGGGAUGCGCGUCGCGUUCGUCUGUUGCGGCAACGAUAAUAGAAUGACUUACUGAAUUCCUAUAACCAAACGAUUAGCCAAAGAUAUAUUAAGUUAAAUGUAAACAAAACGAAAUGCAACAGUUUGUGAAUAUGUCAUCGAAAAAUAAUCAAAAAUAAUAACAUGUUUAAGAAGUUUUACACAUAACAUCAUAUUAGUCUUGGACUUAAGAAAACAUUGCCUGAAUUAUAUUAUGAGCUUAAUGUGGAAAUUAAUAAUUGAGUAAAUUAGUAGAAAUACAUAGUAAAUAUGCUCUAUACAAAAUCAUCGAAUAAUUAAUUAAACAUUUUUGGUGACUAGUGAAAUAACGUGUGCAUACUCGUGAAAUCUGGCAAGCAACGUGCCAAAUUAAUAUACUUGCUCACUAGCGACCCGCUGCAAAUCCGCACAGCUCAAUUAAUUUCAAACUUAAUUAAUGUCAGGGAGUAAGUGCUGGGUAGCACGCGAGGCGAACGCUUACAAAGUGUCCAAAAAGAGCGACCCGCUGACAAUGUGGCAGACACUAUCAACGCCAUCCGCAUCGCUCACUCUUCUCUCUACCGUAAUAACGCAUAUGUCAAGCUGUAAGGGAGAGCGUGAGCUCAGGCGUCGCAUCUGGUCAAAACAUCGUCCACACAUUAGUAUCAACAACGCGGAAAUGCAAAGGCGUAGUGAGAGUCUCGACAACACUUCCAAAAUGUUCUCAUCAAAAUCAGCAGACAGUACCACGAGAAUAACAUCAACGACAAUGCCAGCGACAGUAGGAAUAAACAUCACGCGUAGGUGUUCGUGUCACAGUUUAAGGCCCAACAACAGCAAUACCACCAGUAAAAUCAGCAUCCUGCACUGUGUACUGCUGUUGUGCAUUUUAUGCGAUGCCGCACAGGCGACGCUGCGCAAUGUCAACCUGCUUGUAGAACCACCGGCGGUUCGGCGUGGCCAGUCAGUGGUGCUACGCUGUGAAUAUCAGCUGGAUGGUGCGCCGCUUUAUUCGAUUAAGUUCUAUCGCGGACAAUUGGAGUUUUAUCGUUUCACCCCGGGCGAAUAUCCGCACACAAAGGUUUUUCAAUACCCCGGAAUUAAAGUGGAUGAAAGCAGCUCUAAUGCCACCCUGGUCCACAUACGCAAUGUGAGUUUCGGCCUUUCUGGUAAUUUCAGCUGCGAAGUAACUGCCGAUGCGCCGCUUUAUUCAACUGCUACAGCGUAUGCGCAAAUGCAAGUUGUGGAAUUUCCCGAAAAACGACCUCAACUAUUUACGGAAAUCACACGAUACGAACCGGGCGAUGUACUGCGAGCAAAUUGCAGUACCCCACCAUCAAGACCCCGGGCUGAGCUCCGUUUUACCAUUAACCAUAUGCCGGUGAGCACAGAGGAAACACAAUACAUUCGCACUGUUGACAACCUUAUAGCAUCCAGGCUGAGUCUCAAACUACAAUUGCAGGCGGUGCACUUUGUGGCCACUGCCACCACCACAAACAGCAAUGGAAAUAUCAAUGGCAACACUCAUGGGCGGGCAGCUAAUGUGCACAUGACAAAUGCAUUGGUCAAUGGCAAAGGUGGACUCAUGCUACGCUGCACGGCUCAAAUUGGUGAUUUAUAUCAGGAGUAUAAGGAAAUCGAAUUGGGCUCGCCACAAAAGGAUCCGGUGCCCGCCAGAGUUACACUCUCAUCCGACUCUGGAUUGCGUAAUUUCUUCGAAACCUACAUCUAUAACUCAGCCGCUGGUAGAACUGAUGUUGUUGGCAGUGUUCUCUUGGGCUAUCUAAUCGUCUUGUUUUGGAUUAUAAGAAUCGGAAGUUAAGCACAAAAUCGAUUACCAACUAGCCACUAUUGCAUAAAGUACAGCUUGAGCAUGAAAUGUGUAUAGCAUAGAUAAUGGCUUAGACAAGAACCUACUUACAUUUUAGCUUAGCUCCCCAAAAACUGCAGAUACUCGUAUAUUCAUAUAACUUCUAUAUAACUAUAUAAAUAACGCAUUUCAUGUUGUAUGCAUUAAAAUAAAUUUAAACGAUUCUGUAAAUAUUUGUUCUAUUAAAUAAGCCAUUGCACGUACGUUAGAGUGAAAAUACACCCACAAGGAGACUUGGACAGACAGACAGACAGAUAUGGAUAAUUGUUAAUUAAUGGAUUAUUUAAUGAUGCAUUAAAUAUCGCAUAAAUUAUUGGUUCCAUUGCAUUUUACUCCAUGAAAAGCAUAAAAAGCUGCAAUAACACUUUGAAUAUCAACGUUAAGCAUAAGUAAUUAAUUUAAUGAAAACCAAUACAAAACAAAUACAAAUUUAAAAACUGUUAAACUAAGAAAAUGAAUUUGAAAUAAAACAGCAUAAAUAUCCGAUAAACAUUGUG